AUGGCAUCCACCGCCCAAAUGCAGAGACCCUAUCCCCCCAUGUACCACACCCCUCAGUCAAGCUCACCGGCAUCGGUAGCUUCUCAACCUCAGGACCAACAUGGGCGCCCUCUCUACGGACAUUCACCCCAGGUGCCACCCCAGAUGUUCAACUACCACCCUUACUCGCCUAUGAAUCCGGUGCAGCCAUCACCAUAUGCCACUCAUCACUCUCCCCAGCAACAUCCUCUCACGACUCAGCCAUUGAUGAUGCCCCCUCACAAAGCCCCGGUUCAGAUGUCACAACAUCAAUCCCCUCAUAUCCCCACCACCGCCAUGUCCGCCAGCCCGAUCAUGAAACUCGACACCUCCCAACAUCCCCAACCACAGCAACAAAUGUUGAACCCUCCGUCAGCAACUAGCAAUCACGGAAUGACCGCCAACAAUCCCCUGGCUAGCCCAACGCAAGGUUCCAGUUCCAACGCCGCCCCAGGGCCCAUCCCCGCCACGACACCCCUAGUGGUCCGACAGGAUGCCAGCGGCGUGCAGUGGAUAGCAUUUGAGUACUCUCGAGACCGCGUGAAGAUGGAGUACACGAUCCGCUGCGAUGUGGAAUCUGUGGUGGUGGACACACUCUCGCAAGACUUCAAGACCGAGAACUGCGUGUACCCGCGCGCCUGUUGCAGUAAGGACCAAUACCGCGGGAACCGACUGGUCUAUGAGACAGAAUGCAACGCCGUCGGCUGGGCACUGGCAGACCUGAAUCCUGCCCUGAGGGGGAAGCGGGGUCUGAUUCAGCGCGCGGUCGAUAGUUGGCGCAACAGUAACCAGGACCCGAGACUUCGCAGCAGACGUGUUCGUCGCCAGGCGAAGAUGACUCGCAGACAGUCGGUUCCCGCUCAGUCGCAUAUUCCACCUGGUGUGUCGCUGCCGGAGCCUGGUCCUGGCCCCGGUCCCACCCUGGGUGCUAUGCCCAUGCCGGGAUCAGCUCCCCGUCCUAAUUUGGGACUCAUGUCGAUGGGUCCGCCGCAGAUGCAUCACCACCAUCAGCCUGAUGGGAUUCCUAAUGAGGAAGUUAGCGCAGGUCUCCCUCUUCCCUUCGUGUAUUCCCUUUGGUAUUUUACUUUUGUUGCCCUGGUUUGUUUUGUAUGUGUAUUUUUGGAAGCCGUUUAUGUCUCGCCUUCGAGUGUACGAGUGUAUGAGGAUGUGUGCAAUGGCUAUAUGAGAUCGUGUACUCUCACUUUCCUGUAUCCCUGUGUGGUCCGCACCCCGUUUGUUUUACUUGCUUAUUCCAUACCCUGUUCGUUUUUACCUGUUUACUACCUUGAUUGCUUUUUGACUCUUUCCUUGGAACUGGAACUACCUCUUCUCUCCCAUGGCAUCCUGCGCACCGAAUACCCAGGCAGACCAGAUCGUCUUCCACAACCUGACCUUCGACCCGCACACAUCUUCCACGAGGUCCCGACCUCCCUGACUCCCAGCAAUGGUCCCUCCAUGCCACCCCUCCGCGAUAACUCCCUCUCCACUCUAGCCCGACACCCCACCAUCGCCACUGCCAUGGACCACGACAUCGACACCCAAGGCCCAACCAACGACGACCUGUUCAGCCAGCUUCCCGACGGCAAGCGGCGCAAAUUCAUCCUCGUCGACGAUCCCCAACGCAGCUGCCGCGUGCGCGUCAAAGUCGUCCUCGACAAAGUCAACAUGGAUGAAAUUCCCGACAAAUACCGGGAGUCCACCGCCGUCUACCCACGCACCUACUUCCCUAUCCAGAUGCCCGACGAAAACCGCGUGGUCCCCAGCAAGCGAUUCUUCCGCGACGACACCGAGCCCGGCGACGUCGACGCAGCGACAACGGGACGAACCACCGUCCCAGCGCCCUCUCUCGAUGCAGACAUAAACACUGCCAUCGCGGUGCCCAAGCUCUCGCGCAAGAGACACCACAAGGAGCUCCUGCUCAACGACCUCGGGUACCGCAUGAGCUGGAGUCAGAGCCGGGUGUUUUCAGGACGUAUGCUCUUUUUGCAGCGGUCGUGUAAGUGUCUCAAACCUUAA